AUGAUCGCCUCAAGCCGGUUGCCUGGCGUCGUCGCCCGCCUGGGUAUGAAGCAGCCCGUUCGUUUUAUGUCAAUGGCGCAAGGACAGGCUCGCGUCCCCAGCUCCAUCAUCUCCACCAUCUCCACCGCUCGCCAGGCGACCGGACGCAAUGGCCUGCUUCUCAACGGCGGCCGCAACACAUUCGCUUCCACCAUGAUGCGCGGUGCGAUGCAGCGCCGCGGCGUAGUCGUCGAGUCGACCGCCGCUGCCCUGAUUACCGCUGCCAAGGUGCACGGUGCUGGAGCCGCCACGAUCGGUCUCGCGGGUGCCGGUGUCGGGAUUGGCACCGUCUUUGGCGCGCUCAUCAAUGGCGUCGCUCGCAAUCCGUCCAUGAGAGGCCAGCUUUUCUCGUACGCCGUUCUGGGCUUUGCCUUCGCCGAAGCUACCGGGCUGUUCGCCCUCAUGGUUGCCUUCCUCCUUCUCUACGCCUACUAG